UUCGGGAUUUUGACGGGUACCCAUUUGCCGGAAUCUUCUCCUCUUUCAAACGAGGGUCUUGGCCUCCAUUUCCGAGCCCGAAGGAAAACUCCUUUGACUUGAUUCACGAUGUCUCCCCGUCGGUCUCGUCUUUCCGGGAGUCACCCUUGCUCGCAGCAUGGCGUGGAGGAGGCUCCUACGACAUCAUCUCCAGUGACCUCUUGCUUUGGGGUUGAGUUUCCCGGGGGUAGUCUCCCUCAUCAUGCCCCUACCGGUUGUAGUAGGGAAGUGUUUUCUUCGGCUUCUGCCAGGCAGAUCAUCGAUCCCCUUCCGCAGUUCGACAGAGAUCGCUCAGACGAGUUCUGUCGCUUGAUAAAGGAUGGAGGGCGUCACUGUUUACGCCAACUUAUCACCGAUGCUCCUCUCACCGCAGACGCCACUUCUACUGAAGCUUUAAAGAAGCCGGGUUUUCUAUUCGGGGAUCGCACCGAAGAUCCUGCCGCGCUGACUCUUGCUGAGGAGCACUGGCUUACCCUUGACGAGGGAGCUCUUUUAUAUAUCCCCUCUAUUCCUCGCCAGUGCUCUUUUACUGACUUGGAGAAACAGGCUGUGGGGCGACAGAUGUCCUGGCCUCUUACCAAUGCUGUUACACACGUUCAGUGCGGAUACAUUUCUCAUCACAAGAGUCCCGGUUCUCUGGGGUAUCAAUCCAUUUGUGGCCUUCGACCCGGGAUCAUGGGUCUUGACACUGCACCUCCAGGCGAGGUAUCGGCGGCCGCUCUCACCGUGAGGAAUCGUUUAGCUCAUCUGGGAAGACAAUUACCUCGACUGGAUUACCGAUGUUAUGGUUGGGCUUCCUCACUGGCUAAGGGAUGGUGGACCCGUUUGACCAGUUAUGUUCUGGGACGCUGGGAGAGAGACUUGAAGGGUAGUGGAUUAUAUACGCCCAUACGGGCUACUAUGUAUGGACUUCCCGUUAGCUGCCGUCACUUCUUGGCAUUGCUCGAGACAUAUAUGCCUGAUAGUAAUACCUUCUUGACCAGUGGCGGAGAGCUAGGGUUGGCUCUUCAUGAGAUGCACCAGGUUUCCGGGCUUUCGAUGGGAGAUUGCCCGUAUCAGGAAUACUUCCCUUCUAACCAACAGUUGGAGUGUUUGAAGAAGGAUACUCCCGAUGUGUAUGACACUCUCUGGGACCUCACCUGUCAUUAUCACACCUGUUUGCUCCAGAGUUCUCCUCCAGCGAAGACGAAGAGGAAGAUCAGCUUGAAGCAGUUUGCUGUUUACCUGUUUCCUAACUUGGAGGAUGAUUCCGAGGAGUCCAUACAUGAGUUAGGCGUUUUGACCCCUGCCGCUAUUAAUGAGCUGAUGGAGAAGAAUGAAACUCAUUCUUAUACCAUUGCUAGUGCCGAGGGGGCUUUUCCGGCCGGGACUAAGUUUCGAUCGUUCCUCUAUCAUGCCCAGAAGUCUAUCGAUCCUCGGUCUCUGUUAGCUGGCUACCUUGCUCUUUGGCUGAAGAAGUGUGUUGUUCCAUAUCAGUCUUCAGACGCUCUACCCCUUGAGCAUCCAUUGCGGGCUUAG